UAUUCCCAUGCACAAUUUCAGUUUGUUUUGAGUUGUGUUUUUUUUGUUUUUACGCUAUUUUUUAUGUUAACAUGCCGGGGCUGUCAACUUGAAUUCUAAGUGCGUUUGGAUGCUAUUCGUCCACCUUGUUGCUUUCAUUCUGCGUGUUUUGCGGUUUCCUUUUGGUGCAGCAAAUAAACUCGUUUCUUGCCUGCGAUCGUGUGUGUGUGUGUGUGUGUGUCCGGUUGUUUGCGCGCGGCUUUUUUUUUUAUUGUUGAAUGCAAAUUUAUAAACAAUUUUUGUACUGAUUGCAUUUGAAAUUUCCAUUGUAGCAACAAUUAAAGAACCAAGCAACAAAAAAAAAAUAGGCAGGGCAGCCUGCAGCAGUGUCACAGCAGCAACAGUUGAGGACGGAAGCGGCGGCUAUAAACCGUAGGAAGAAGAUGUCAUUGACGAAAAAGGAUCCAUCGCUGCGUGUUGCCGCCUCCGAUCCGCAUCUGGUUAGUCUGGGCGGUGGUCGUUUAAGUACCGCCGUGACUAUACACUACAUACACAUUGGGGAUACGACCAUUGGAUCGGCGGGGACGUGUAGCAUCUCGUUGAAUGGAAGCGGUGUCCGGCCGCUGCACUGCACCAUCUACAGGAGCGACGCCAACGAGGUGACCCUGGUGCCGGAGCACGAGGCGCGACUGCUCAUCGACGGCGCCCCCAUACUGGAGGAGACAAAGCUCAGCCAGGGGGCGAUGAUCACCAUCGGCAAUUCGAAUUACUUGCGCUUCAACAAUCCCGCAGAGGCGCAGAUGAUGCGCUCGGCCAUGGGCUCCAACGAACGGAUUUCCAUGCCACAGAUCGACUUCACACAGUCGGCGCGACAGGCCCACGAGCUGAGUCAGUCGCUGGAGCUAGAGUCCUUCUACGAGAGCAUCAUCAAUCCGAUCAAACACACUGGAGGCCACUCCUCUGGUGGAUAUGAGCAGCUGGAGUGCCCGAAGGUCUUCACCUCCGACCUGGUCACCGUCAAUAUGCCCGCCAAGGAUGUGCUUGGUCAGAAAUAUGCGAGCUUUGCCCGCAAUCUGGCCGAGAACCAUCGCAACGAGAAGCAGAUGAACAAUCAAUAUGCCAAAGGAGCAGGAGUCGGUAAUAACUCCGGCUACUGGAACGUACCCACCAAUGCGACCAUCUACAAAGAGCAACAGCAGCAACAGCAGCAGCACCAGCAGCACCAGCAGCACCAGCAGCACCAGCAGCAUCAGCAUCCACAGCAACAAUCGCAUCCGGAUCUGCUUACCAAGGUUAACAACGAUCGCUAUGAUCGAUAUCCCAAGCCAGGCGGCUUCCAGAUAUACUCCAUGAAUGGCGUCAACAAUGACAUCAACAAUGGAAGUGGAAAUGGCAGUGCAAAUGCAAGCGGAAAUGGAGGAGCUGAGCUGGAGGAUAUGCUUAAGAUAUGCACGGAGUACGCGGACAGAAACACAUCUGCUGGAGUUGCUCCUCCUCCUGCUGCCCACAAUACAUCGAGCACCUCCAGCAUCACCUCAUCGCCGAUUGUCCAGAAUCGAAUCAAGACAAAUGGCUCCCUGCCGCGUGACAAGAAGUCACCAUUCCCACAGCAGCCCAGUGGCGGGAGCGGUGGUAGCAGCACCACCAAUCUCUCGCUGCUGAGCAGCGCCUCGGGCUAUGAGAAUGUACGUCUGCUGGGACCCAAUCGCGUGGAGAUCAAUGGGCAGCUGCAUGUGCCGGCAUCUGCAGCGGGAAGCGCAGCCACAGCGGGAAGCGGAGGAGCUGGCCCCAGUCCGGCGGUUCGUUCAAGUCAUGAGAAUUUAGGGAACAUCAGUGGCGGGGGCAAGUAUGUGCCACAGAGCCCCAGAACCAAGAUACGAACCAACUGCAUGUCGCCCAAAAAGGAUGUGUCCUUUGGCAGCGCCUUUGCCCUGGCCACCACCACCCAAUCGCCGCCGCCGCCACCCAGUGUCGCCGGAGCAAGCCAAGCGAUGGUCAAGCCACCGCUGGCACCCAAACCACCAGCACCCAACCAGCAACGAGACUAUGAGCAGCUCUUCAAGUCCUUCGAGCGCAAGCAACAGCAGCUGGACCGCCUGGUGCCGCCGGCCAAGCGCACGAACAAGAAUGUCAAUAAUCUCACCCUGAAUCUGAAUACCGCCGAGUCGCAAUCGCCCAAGCCCAACCGCAAACCGGCGCCAGCGCCACGCAGCAUACACCUCGAGCAGCGCCAUCGCCGAGAGCUCAUUCAACGACGAAAGCAGCUGAAAACGGAGCUGGCUGAACUGCCGCCACCUAGCAGCAGCACACUGGAUAAUCCUGAGAUGGAACCGCAGCAGGUCGAGCAGCAGCAGGUGACGCCAAUGUCGCCGCGACUGCAACUUCAGGCGCUGCAGAAUCGAAUACGCCGCCUGGAGGCUCAGCGGAAUGCCACCCGCGUAAUGGAGGAGAAUCAGCAGGCGAAGCUAAAGCAAUCCAUUGAAAUGAAACAGGAUCAGCUGAAAAAACUGCGGGCCAUGCUCAAACAGAAGCCGAACAAUGCCUGCCUCAAGGAGGAGCAGCAAUUGGUGUGCGAGUCUCUGGAGAGCGAUCGCAAGACGUUCGAGGAUCUGGAGUUUCAGUACUUUGAAGAGGAAUCCGAGCAUCAUGCCAGCCAUGAGGAGCUCAAGCGUCACGAGCAACGCCUCACGCUAGAGUCAGAGCUGGCCGCCUUGCGCAUUCAGCUGGGCCCCGAUGACGAAGAGCAGCAGCCCAACUCCCCAAAGAAGAGCGGAUCGGGACCCCCAGUUUCUCCAGGCAGCAGCAGCAAUCUGGUUAACGGUGUCAUGUCCCAGUCUCUGUUCGGAUCAGCGGAACUGCUUUGCCCCAAGCGACUCCACCAGGAUGAUCUGAUGUCAAAGAGCGUGAACGAGAAUAUGUUCUACAACCACAAGAUCGAAGCCACCACCAGCACACCGAAGCGUCUGCCCUUGCAGCUGUACGAGGAUGCAGUUGGCGCUGCCAGUGGCACUGGCACCGGCAGUGGCAGCUGUGAGCAAAUCAGCUACAAUCUGUCGCUGCAAAGCGAUCGCUUCGAGGUUAAUCCACUGGAACGUCGCGUGCCGUCGCAGGAUGACAUCGAUCGCAUAUGCAAGGUGGCCAAUGAUGCACCAAUCUCGACCAGUCAGGGAGCCAGUACCAAGAUCUUUGAUAGCUUCAAGGAAAUUGAACGAAACAGGAAACUUUUGCUAGCUCAGCAGGGUCAUCAGGUUAUUGAGCAUGAGCGACAAAAGAUGUACGACCUCAAGAAGAAAUGCCACGCAGAGGCACGCACUCAAUAUCUGCUAUCCACACAGCACUCGAUGGAGCAGAAACAACUGGAGCACCAGCAGCAGCAGCUGCAGCUCCAGCUCGAAGCAGACGCCAACGGCGGCAAAGAUGCAAAAUUGUUUGACAAAACGGAACUGCAAAAGCUCAGCGGCGUCGAGGAGGAUGCUACAGAGGAUAAGCAGAAGCAGAAAGAGCAAGAACAGAAGACAAACAACGAUAAGGAAAAUAACGGUCAGAGCAGAAAGUCAAUCGGAAGCAGUCUCUCGGCCACCACAACAACAACAUCCCAGCAGCAACGCCACUCACAGCCAGAGCUCGAGCAUCAUGCCAUAGCGGUGGGCAUUGGAAGUGGCAGUGGCAGUGGCAGUGGAGCCACAGCCCAGAUGAUGGCACGCAGUCCGCGUCCCCUGUCGGAGGCCAACAAUUGUGACGCAACAAUUGAGGCGCCCAAGUUUGCCAAUGGAAGUAGUGGUGGUGGCAUGGAAUUGUCGGCAAUCGAAAACAAGAGGGCAAGCAGCAACAGCAAUUCCCAGGACACAGCGUCGGCGGGCAGUGGCAGUGGGAACAGCGGCAGCGGUGGCAGCACCGCCAGCGAACGGAAGCGUGCCCUGCCCAAGCAUCAGCGUCCCCUGACCCGUUACCUGCCCAUCUUCUCGCCAGACCUCAAUCUGAGGCAUCACAUUGAGACCGCUGGCCAUCAGAUCGAUCUUUGUCCGCAUGUUUUUGUCGAUGCGCACAGUUGUCGCGGAUAUUUACACAAGCUGGGGGCCACGUUCCAUGCGUGGUCAAGGCGUUGGUUUGUCCUGGACAGGCAGCGCAGUGCCCUGAUCUACUACUCGGACAAAUCGGAGCGAAAGCCACGAGGCGGUGCCUACUUUGCAACCAUCGACGAGGUGUAUCUGGAUCAUUUGAAUGCCUCGAAGAGCGGACGACCACAUUGCACGUUCAUUGUGAAAACUAAGAAGCGGAGCUACAACCUUCAGGCAGCCUCCGAUUCAGCGGCGCGCAUUUGGAUAGAUGCCAUCAUCACUGGGGCCCAGGGAAACCUGGAUUACUAGGAGCCACCGUGUACCCAAUCAAUUUAACCUUUAACUUGUUGCCCAGUGCCCACAGCAGACUACACUAUAAGCUCAACUAACUGAUGAACCCCAACCCCCACACAUCAAAACUCUAGCCACGUAGGACCAAAACACAACAAAACAAGCUCAUCCUAUUUGGAUCUUUAACAAUACUACAUCCUUCGGACGGGCAAUAAUUUUGAACUUUUACUUUUGGCGAACUAACGAAAUCCGAGAUUUCAGUACUGGACCAAAGUCAAGAAUGUAUUUUUUAUAUGAAAUAUACUAGAUAUAUAUAUAUAAUAAAUAUAUAUGAAUAUGAUGAUGAUGUA